UGUACAGCAGCAGCCCGCUAGCUAGCAAGGCGCUGUGGCUGGCCUGGUGUGCGUUCGGCAUUUGCUGAGCAGAAUUGAGAGCCAGGGCUUACAGUCUCUGUCGUUCCGUCCGUCCGUCUGUCUGUCUGUCUCUGCGUCUCUGGGGAGGACUGGCGUUCCGAGUGAAAGAGUGAAGACUGGAAGUGUUAGAGAGGUGCGUAGCUGCAGCUCAAAGAAAAUGAAUGGCACACUGGAUCACCCAGACCAACCUGAUCUAGAUGCUAUCAAGAUGUUUGUGGGUCAGGUCCCACGGAGCUGGUGUGAGAAAGAUCUAAGAGAACUUUUUGAACAGUAUGGUGCUGUCUAUGAAAUCAAUGUCUUGCGGGACAGGAGCCAAAACCCUCCUCAAAGCAAAGGGUGCUGUUUUGUUACGUUUUAUACCCGUAAAGCUGCACUAGAAGCACAGAAUGCUCUUCACAACAUGAAGAUUCUCCCAGGGAUGCACCAUCCUAUCCAGAUGAAACCAGCUGACAGUGAAAAGAAUAAUGCAGUAGAAGAUAGGAAGUUGUUUAUUGGAAUGAUAUCCAAGAAGUGCAAUGAAAAUGAUAUCCGAGUGAUGUUCUCCCCCUUUGGGCAGAUUGAAGAAUGCAGGAUAUUACGGGGCCCCGAUGGCCUGAGCCGAGGUUGUGCAUUUGUGACUUUUACAACAAGAGCCAUGGCGCAAACAGCAAUCAAAGCAAUGCACCAAGCACAAACCAUGGAGGGUUGCUCUUCUCCCAUUGUGGUAAAAUUUGCAGACACGCAAAAGGACAAAGAGCAAAAACGAAUUGCUCAGCAACUCCAGCAACAAAUGCAACAGAUCAGUGCUGCCUCAGUAUGGGGAAACCUGGCUGGUCUCAACACACUUGGACCCCAAUACUUAGCACUUUAUUUGCAGCUCCUUCAGCAGACAGCAGCUGCCUCAUCUGGAAACCUGAACACAUUGAGCAGCCUCCACCCAAUGGGAGGACUGAAUGCGAUGCAGUUACAGAACCUGGCUGCAUUAGCAGCUGCAGCCAGUGCAGCUCAGAAUACACCAAGUGGCACUGCUGCGCUCACUUCCUCCAGCAGUCCCCUGAGUGUGCUCACCAGUUCAGCAGGUUCCUCACCUAGCUCCAGUAGCAGCUCCUCUGUUAAUCCCAUGGCUUCUCUUGGAGCACUGCAGACACUGGCAGGGGCUACAGCAGGCCUGAAUGUUAGCUCUCUAGCAGGAAUGGCAGCCUUAAAUGGAGGACUUGGCAGUGGUGGUCUCUCAAAUGGGACAGGUAGCACAAUGGAAGCCCUCACGCAGGCUUAUUCUGGAAUCCAGCAAUAUGCUGCUGCUGCGUUGCCCACGCUCUAUAACCAGAGUCUCUUAACACAACAAAGUAUUGGUGCAGCAGGAAGUCAAAAAGAAGGUCCAGAGGGAGCCAAUCUGUUUAUCUACCAUCUCCCCCAGGAGUUUGGGGAUCAGGAUCUGCUUCAGAUGUUCAUGCCAUUUGGAAAUGUCGUCUCUGCCAAGGUUUUCAUUGAUAAGCAGACCAAUCUAAGCAAGUGUUUUGGUUUUGUAAGUUACGACAAUCCUGUCUCUGCACAGGCUGCCAUUCAGUCAAUGAACGGCUUUCAGAUUGGCAUGAAGCGUCUGAAAGUACAGCUCAAGCGCUCUAAGAAUGACAGCAAGCCAUACUGAGCGCCCCUCCCCUCCGGGACUGGAGUGAGAAGGAUCUUCUGGUAAGUUGGAGAAGAGCGCACUUAGUGAUUCGAAGCCCUAAGGCUGUGUUUUUACAGUCCUGGAAGCUGAUCCAUGCCGUUCUAUCUGGCACAUCUUCCCCUGAAGACUCGGCUGCAGCCUCUGCUGAGAAUCCUGCUUCGAAUGGAGGACAAGUUUGUGCUUUUGUUUCCAGUGUUUUACUUUGGAGUUUAGGUGCCAUAUCGCUGAGGUUUUUUUUUUUUUUCCCUUAUUUGAAGUUUGCUGUGUUUGUAACCAGUGUGUGUUGAGAAGGACCAAUGCCAGCUCCUUGGGGGUCGGGAGGUAAGGUUAAAGGGAGCCGCGGAAACUGACACCACACUGCCUUGGGGUAGAGAAGAGAAGGGGAAGCAGAACUGACACCACACUGCCAUAGGGAGAGGAGAGGGGAAAGCAGAAAUAACACUGAACAGCUGAUGGAAACAAAGAUGGGGAAGGAGAACUUAGUCCAUCCAAGUUUGGGUGAGCAAAGAACCAACUCCAGAUAGCCUCUGUCAUGCCACACCCACUCUUUUAUGCUUCCUUAACUGUAUGCCAUGGUGGGGAAUUAAUAAAUCAUCUCUAAAGCAGGAGACAGGUUGGAAGGGUGAACACAUUAACAAGCCAAAGGAAAACUGCAGUGUUUUUGUUUGUUUUGUUGUAUAUAAAGUAGUGUGUAUGUAGCACUGUGAAUGUACACAGCACUUUAUAAAAUUAUUAGUUAUUGUCUCUGCCCAGAAAACUUCACUAUUUACAGUUGAAUAUUAAUGAGAUGCAGUGAAUUUCUCCAUAUUUAAGAAAACUUAUCUUUUAUAAUUAGCUAAGUUUAGAGCGACAUAGGUUAGAGAGUCUAGAUAAAUACAUCUGGGGCUGGAAACAGGAAACUUUUAAUCCCUGAUAACCUGCAGAUUUUUUUGCCAUUUUUUUUUCCUAACAGUUCAUUGCAUUCUCCAUUUCUGUGGGGUAAUGUCCUUUUUGCAGAAUAUUACUUGGAAUUCAUUCUGAUAAGCAUAAUACGUGCUGUUUGUUUCUCUAUUAAAAUGACUUAAAUUGAGAUACAAAGCCCAGAGUUACCCUGAAACAACUCUUGAGGCUCCUGCUUCAUACGUGUUCUUACAGGAUUUGCUUUCUCAGUCUUUCUGUUGCAAAGAUAAUUGCCUAUUUAAAAGAAAAAGCAACUAAUUUGUGCAGUGAAUUAGUCUAGUAGUUAGGUAUUUCUUUAUACUGCAGUUUUCCUUUAAGGUGGUGUGUACCAGUGCUAAACAGGGCUAAUACCCAGGCUGUGGAACCAGAGCAGAGCAUUGAGACAUUGUCUUGUUCUGCAUUUUGGUACUGUUAUCUUUUAUACUGAAGGAAAAUUGAACACAACCCUUCAAUUAACACACUUUUUUUUUUUUUGCACACUUCUGAAAUUUCUAGUGCAUUGCUAAGGGCCUCAUACACUGGUUUUAGGGGACUCAGAGGACUUUUGACACUCUGGCCUGAGUUGUUUUAAGAAAUCAGUAGAGUCCCAUGUUAUAACCAUUAAAAUCCACCUCUGUCACAAGAGGAAGUUUACAAUUUCUGUGUGUCUAACAGAAUUUCAAUUUACCUCAUAUUUUCUCCUCUUCCUUGUUUCCUUUGUAUUCCCAGUUGUUGAUGCUGUUUCCCAGGGCAUAAGCUAACAAACACUGCUGUCUGGGAGCCAGCUGCUAAAUAAUGUGUGUGGAGUCAGACAUAGGGUUUGGACUGUCUGUUCUGCUCCAGCAGGAGGAGCACUAAACCCAUCAAACCUGACUGAGAUCAUGUUCAGAAUUUGUGCACCCACGCGUGGUCGUCUGUUGGGAAUGUCAUGCAUUCCCAGGGAUCUCAAACCUUAGAAGUAGAAGGCCUGACCCAUAGCAUCCAAGAAGAGCCCUUUCCAUUGUUAAAUUGAAAAUCAAACAGUUGAUGCCUGUCCAUACUGAUGGCAGACAGGUAAAUCUGUCAGUAUUAACACAGAUCAUUUUGUGGUGGCAAAGGUUCAAAGGCCAGAUUGCCAAAUUUCCCAGUUAUGCUGGCAUGUGGUACCCUUCAAUGUUAAUUAUUUGGAUCUCUCUAGUAACGUAAACACUUAAGUGAACCAUGUACACUUGAAUUCUGCACGAUGGGAAAGAUGUGUCCUGGUUUUCUGAGAAGAGUGUUGGAGUGUGAAGGCCUCCAGGGUGAUAAUGGGAUUUUUUAUAAAUAAUAUACUUUUCAAAAAAAAUAAGAAAAAAAAUAGAAAAAAAUAGUUGGGAGCAGCUGCUCCAGGUGCAACCUGCUGUAACCAAGAAUGUUGUUUCUAUUUUUAUAGAGUUUUAUACCGCUCCAGGGUGGAGAAUAUUUAUUACCUAAAUUAUUUCACUGGAAAAAAAAAAAAGGCCAGGGUUUUGUAGAAUCCUGAAUGUGAUUGUUUUACACACAUAAUAAUGUGCAUGAUUGAAACUACUGAUUUUCAGUGGCCUGUUUGCAGCCCGACAACUGCCAAAUGGGGAAGAUGAACGCUGUGAACCAGUGGAGGAGAGCACUGUGCUCUGGGGUCUCUACAGUCACUCUUACCUUCUUUGCGCCCUACCCCACUGUGCUGAGAACUUUUUCCUGUUUUUCUUUUAACCUGAUGCUCUGACCUCUUUAGUAGUCAUUUCAGUUGUCCAAAAUUAGACAUUUUAGCUUCUGCAUCCUAUAGCGUGUCCUCAGUACUGUGACUUACAGAUCAAGCUUGGCAUUGUUGCAAAUAGGUGCAACUCCUGUUGACUUCAGGAGAUUCACCAGUUGACGAUGUGGCUUAGUUUGGUCAGUGACUCCUCCUAGACAUAACCACCUUAGACACCUAACUUGGGCUAGCUCUUGUGCCUUACUGGCGUAACUGUAUUAUAAGUAUUGCCAAAAAGAAAAGAAACAAAAUAUCUAUGCAGCUUAAAUUCUAAAAGAUGUGAUCCUCAGAUGGUUUGAAUCAAUGCAGUUCUGCUUUCUUCAGUAGAGCUGCAUCAAUUUUCACCAGCUGAAGAUGUUGCCCUUUUUCUGUAUUUGUUUGAGAUUUCCCUUUUUUUGGUGUAUCAAUGUAUAUGUUGCCAAAGUUAAUAAAUGUAUCAAGUUUGUGAUUUGGGCAGAUUUUUUCUGUUAACAACUGAUCAGAUAAAGUCAACAUUCCUGUGUCUGUUUGGUGGCUGCUGCUGACUAUAGAGAUUUAUGUUCCUCUUGGCUUCCAGUUUUCUUUCUCAUUCAUUGUCAGGAAAGUCUAGGAUUUGGGGGGGCUUGAGGAUUCAUUUUAUUUUUUUCCUAUUUUUAAUUCCUUCAUGCUCUUAUUCAAGCACAAAGCAAAUCAGUCAGCUCUUGGGACCUCAUGGGGUAAACUGCCCAAAACAAAUGAGUUGGUUCUGAUGAGCAGCUGGUGUAAAGGAAUCUACCAAAAUUCUUUGAGUAAUGCUUAGAAAUAAUCCUGAUGAGGAAAUUGCCUGCAGAACGACAAUGUAAUAAUAAUUUUAAAAGUGUGCUAGUAUAGGUUAGGAACCAUGAGACUGGAAGGAAUGUUAUAAAGGAACAAGAAACGGAAGUAGCAAAACCAUUUGAGGCAAACUUGACUCUCCCCUCAGUAUUUUAAUAUUGGAAAUUAUAAUCAGAUAGGUUUCUGUAUUAUAAUCUGUUCUUGUGCCAAAUGCUUUAUUUCCUGGAUUGUACAAAAGGAGUUGGGUGAGUUCAGAUAAACUGCAGAGGGAUUGGCUUAACUAGCCCCGUGGGCAAAACAUUCUGGAAACUCAAACCAAAGAGUCUGAAUUUUCUACAACAAAAGCUAGUAAGAUGUCUGAUAAAAUAGAAUUACAUGUUAUGUGUGUGACAAGGAAGUACUUAAGUAUUUUCUAGAAGCAAGAUGGAAAUGCUGGUAUAUUUCAUAGAUUUGUCUCAGAAGACCUUUGAUUUUACUAGAUAUACCGUAAUAAGAUGAAAGUAUUAUGAACAAUUGAAAUCUUAGUCUAAUGUUGCUUAGUAUCUAUCUGGUACUAUAGCAAACAAACUCAUAGAUUCUUCAGCCCCCUAGAUAAUCAACAGUCCAAAAUAAGAUAUCUCCCUCUAACUUUUUUUCCCCCUCAAUUGUACAAAACUUGCAUUUUUAGAAAAUGCCUUUGAUACAUAGUCAUUAAAUUUAAAGCCUAAGCAGAAUGAGAAUUAGAAUUUCUCAGAAGUAUGAGAUGUUGAUGAAUUUAUUCUUGUAUUUUAGUGAUGAAACAGUUUACUAGCUGUGGGCUCUAUCGUCUGGAAAACAGAUGCCUCAAAAAUUCCUAGCAACACAGAACUCUACAAGGAAAAAGCUUUACACCUAAAUAAUAAGUUAGGAGUGAUAGGUUCUUCUUGUAUCAUACAAUUAACUAAAAUGUUUCUUGUUAAUAGUUGAGAGUUAGGGAAGGACAGCCAAGCAAAAUCCAUCUAGUUAUAGAACUGUUCUAGCUGUUUCAUUUGGAAGCACCUAAAAGCAACUUGAAUAAAGCAAAUUGCAGUUGAAGGGUGCAGCUAUGAACAAGUAAAAUGCUUUGAGAGCUGCUUGUUGCAAACACUUAAACGUAAGGAUACAUCCCUGCGCAGGCUUACCACAAAGUAUAACAUACAGAAUGCUGAGUAGUUGCAUUACAUUAUCACAAUUGCGAGAAUAAAACAAGGACAAAAUUAAAUAACUUUCCCUAAGUCAUUCAGUUCUCAUUCAGCUUCUCUUGGCUCUGCUGUUGUAGGCCAGUCCUUCCUAAUAGCUUUAAUGAAUCUUGGACUUUCCCCUCAAAAUUGCUGAGUGAAAUACUUAAUCUAUCCAAAAAGCCUAAAGAAAUUGCACACACAAUUCCUAUGAUGCAUGCUAGAUGUCACUUGAUUUCAUGCCUUUUAUUUGUUCUCAUGCCUCAGAGUUCAUGAUGCAUUUGCCUUUGUGGUUUAGGACUGAAACCUCACAGCUGUCUGCAAAUUAUCUAGAGUAUUUCUAGAACUACAGAAAUAACUGCAAGAGCUGCAUUGUACUCUGCUGUGGUUGGUUUAAACUCCAUAUCAAGUCCUUUCUCUAAAUUGGAAAGUACAAAGAGAAAUUUUAUUUUAGCAUUUCUGGUAAGUUUUGCAGGUUUAGUGGGUUACAUGCUACUUUUUGCUCUGGCACUAGAAUGCAAUGCUUUAUAUUUUCAAUCGUGCUAUAAAUGCUAUAUGAAAGUCUCAUCUUGCAUUAGUCUGUAACCUGUAGCUUUGAGGGGUGCUGAAAAUGUAAGGCAGCAAACGAGAGAAAGUGGAGUUCCAGGGACGGGGGUGAAGAAAAACCUUUUCUCUCCCCUGCCUCCCACAUUCUUCCCAAAAUGUUUCUUCUGUUUUGCAGUUCAGAGGCUGAGGGGAGGAAGCAAAGUUGUAUCACAUAAUAUAAGAAUUAAUGUAUUUAUAAACUUUGUGAAAGCUUCAGGAAAUGCAUUUUUCUACUCAUCAAACUGGCAACAGUGACUGUAGAGCUUCUCAGAGCCCAGAAUCCCCUCCUCACAAAGUCAGGGAGCUGGAGGCUGUUUAUAUAAAGGUUGGGAGAGGAAAAUCCCUGUGCAGGUCUAACGAUAUGAAAAGUGCUCAGCUAGGACAAGUCUUAACUUGCAGUCAAGUCUUAAGGAAUUCUUUUCUAAUAUGUAGGGUUUUUGGUUCCACUUAUGUCUUGUGUAAUCUUUUUUUUCCCCCUGUUCCAAACCACCUAACCCCAGUUUCAUGGGCUCCUAGGGAAUGAGAAGGGACUGUAGCUGAAGGAAAGAACAUGGAUUUCCUGGGCUGCCACUGCCUAAGAACUUACCAUGUUAGGAUGCUGGAAAAGUCUCAGCUGUCAAACCACCUGUGAAUCCCUUGUGUCCUGUCUUGUCUCAAUCUCUGUGGGCAAACGUGAGCCCUGGAGCCAUAUUUUUGGAGUCAGUCUCCUGGGGAGAGUGCUUGCUCUGUUAUUCUCUUAAACAGAGCUAAUAGAGACACUGGGCACGGGACAAGGUGAAUGCAUGCUAGUCAACAUGUCACUUGGCUGUGGAGUGCUCCACAGACUGGAUGUUGAGGGAAAUUGAGGUCUCUGCUUCCAUUUAGUUUCUGGCAGUUUGAUGUUUACUUGGUGUCCUUCAUGUACUUUGACUUUUACUUGUCCAUCGUUGGCAUGUGCUGCCCUUCCCUGUCAACUCCCUUCCCCAGGAGGUCUCAUUGUACAGUGCCCAUUCUUGUUCUCUCUCUCCUCGUUUGGAUGUACUGCUCUGUGUAACUCAGUGGGUCUCCCUCUUUCUGGUUUGUUUUUUUUCUAGAUUCCUGCCGUUUGUUCAUCGUUGUGCCUAAAGCAUGUCGAUGUGGCGUUCAAGUACAUCGUCCAAAUCCUUGUCUCUUCAGCUUCUCUGAUGCUUGAACUCUCACCUUUGACCUUGUGUUGACUUUUGAUGCUGAUGUGUAUUUUUAUUAUGUUUGUUUCUUUCUUUGUUUUUUUUUUUUUUGUGCUGCCAAAUUGGUUUUGCUAGAAAGACUGCUGAAGGGGGAAUAUUUAAACUUGCAUUUGAAUAUAAAAGAAUUUCUAUUUUUCUAGACCUUCGUAAGAUAACCACUUGAUUUUGUGAAUCUGAUUCUUUGUAAUUGUCUUCAGAGCAGCCUUGCUAGCAUACCUUGUGGAGUAUUUGUAUUUCUGUGAACAUACAGCCAAUCACUUUCUAGGCUUAGUUUUUUCUGUGUGCUUAGUUUUAAAAACACAGUUUUGAAGAAAAAGUCAAUUAUGUGGUGUGACUCAAUCUUUCAGGAGACUUCCUAGUCACAUUUUGCUGAUCUGGUUUCUGUGCUUGAGGAGACAGCAUGUGUUUUUAUGAGUUCAAACUUGUGACUUGAGUGGCAUCAGCAGAAAACACUUGAAAUACAUUUUCUUCUGAUUGUAGCUACAUUUUUGCCCUGGCAUUUACUGAUUUUUUUAAUUUUAUUUUUCCCCCGCUUCCCUGUGUGAUUAUCAGUCUGCAGUGAAAAUUAGAUCAAAGUUGAUGUUGUAUUUUGUUAAGCCCCAGCAUGCUUGUUUUUUUCGUAACUACAAUCUCCUCAGCAAAAUGUGAUGUUUUCGUUUUAUUCUUUCAAACUGAGAUAGUGCCCAGAAAUGUUUUGCAUGUUUCCUGCUGUUUUCUUCACACCCUCGUAUAUAUCACCUUCACCUCUCUGUUUUCUAUAGUUUGUGCAAAAACUGAGCAAUUUAACGGGUUUCAAAGGUAUCCUUUUAAAUUGGUGUUUUUGGUAUGGCAAAUAUCUGAUCAGAAGCCACCUGAGGGCAUCUACCUGUGCACUUAGACUGUCUGCCUGACAGAGCACCUGGACCUUGUUUCAUCUCCAGUGCUGUCACAGAUUCCUGAGGGCUUGGUUGAAUUGUUCCUGUAGUAGGAGUUUUGGUGGAAGGGGAGAGCUGGGAAGCAGGAAGGUGGGGGAACUUCACAGUAUUUCUGUUUCUAAAGCUCUCUGAAGCUAGGACUCCUUUGAAACACUCUUUACUAGCAUUUUGUAUAAAUCAGGGCACAUUUUUGUGAAGUCCAGCCCCAGCUUAAUACCAUCAAUCAGACCUUGGUGGCAGGAUCCUGGAAGGAUCUAGGGUAGCUCUUGAAAUAAAGUGUUUGAAAUCUUCUAGAGAAAGCAUUUUUAAACCUGGUCAUACAACUGCUGGCUCUUUUCCCAAGUGACAAGCACAAUACAACAGCCUCUGAAGCUGUUACCUGAACAGGGUACCAUCCCCAGCUCUCUUCUCAAGGGCCUUAGCUGGGGAAUCUCUACGGAGAUUUUUUAGUUUUUGUUUAGUUUUUAAUUGGGUAAUGAGCUAAGCAGUUUUUUCUAGCUUGCAGGAUGAAAGAGAACAGGUUACUGCAUUUUGUGUGGCAGGCUUCCCCCUACCCUACAUACGAUCUGCACAGGUAGAAACUGGGACGUAGCUUCUAGAUGAAGGCACCUGAAGAGUGUGCGCUGUGAUGAAGUUUCAGUUGGAAGGCAAAGUGAGCUAGUUUAGGUAUCUUAACAGUAUAAAAUAACGUGAAGUGAAAUCCCAGGAGAAAGGGGUUUGCUGAGAAAAUGAAUUGUUUGAUUGUAUAGAAAUCUUACUUUUGUCCAGUGUUUGGGAUAAUGAAGAUGCGAAAGGAUUUAUCCUCCUACCCUACUCCUGAGUUGGCUGAGGGUACUCUAUAUUCUCAAUAGAUACUGGUUAGAUUUGCGUAGAAAGUCCCUAAUCUGCUUGAGACAGAACAAUUUUUGGAUAUGGUACAUAUACCUGGGAGUGAAGUGUGAGGCUGGGUGAGAAAAGGAUAGAGGCUUGUUUAUUUUGGAGGUAGGGUUGUGGGCUGGCUGCUGUCAUUCCCACAGUCUGAUUGCACAGGGCUGGGUGUCACUGGGGGGCACUGAUACCCUGCAGUGUAUUGAGUAACUGCCAAUACAUUUCUGUACGUGCGCAUUUGGUUCCAUAAGGAACUCUGGGGAAACCUGUGGAAAAAUAUCCGAAGAAAACCAAAAUGCCAAACGUUGGAUGUUUCUUUCCUUUCUUAUUUCCUUUUCUUCCUUUGGUUGUUUUAAUUGUUCUGUGGUGGUUUUAAUGGAUUUGAGACAGUGGAGCAGCAGCUGCCUUUCUGAUUUUUGGCUGCUUUUUGUGAAUAAUUUAAAAAGAAAAUUUACAUUUUGGAGACAAACCUGUGGGCUUUUUUAUUGGUACAAACAUUGUAUUUAACACUAGGGGUUUUGUACAGUUUUUUGCCUUUUCUACUAGAAAACAAUGUAAAGUGAUUCACAAUGUGAUGAGAAAACAAAUUGCCACUAUGACCAAAUGUAGAGUCUGUUCUGCAGUAACGGAAUUUAAUCAACUCGAAGUCGUGGUUCAGUCGUAGAAAUGCUUUUCUUUACCUUGUUUGAGCUGUUCCUUUUUCCUUGUUUUGAUUUGCAAAACAAAAUGUCUUUUUGUGUGAAAUUGUGUUGUACUCUGUAGAGAAUUACGGAUUUUACUUUAAUGGUUUCAAAAGUAGAGGAGCACAUGUUGCUUUUCUGAUCUGAUCGCAGAGUUUGUGUAGUGGAUUUAAAAUGAAAAGAUUUGUUACAAGUUUGGAACGAGCGAGUAUGUGUUAAAGGAAUUUUCUUCCUUUUGUGUGUGUGUUUUUUUUUCUUUUUGUCCCAAAGGGCAACUUAAAGCUGUUUUAAUUGCACAGACACACCGACAACAAGUCAUUUUGUAUAUGCCAAGUGUGGUACCUUCCUUUGUUUAUUUGCUAUUAAACUGUUUGAGAAGA